GAAGAAGAAAGACGCCUCUACCGGCUUGUACGCGUGUUAUUUUUUUCAUCGCUCACAUUUUUUAAUUUCAUUGAUAAAUCCGGGUUAAAUUUUUUUUUAAAAAGCUGGAAUAAUAAUGGAAGCACCGAAAAAGCAAUUAAUUCUACCGGAAUUACCUGUUAAUGAACAUGGUUGGGGACCAGUUGAUAAUCUAAAAUUAUUCAAUGGAAUGUCCUAUCAAUCAUUUAAUAAAAAUGAUCGUCUUGGUAUGGUUGCCGAUUGGACUGGUGAUACUUAUUCGGAUAAUCGUUUGUUGAGUAAGUUUCUUUCUGAUUUUGGAAACAGCAAUUUUAUUUUUGUUUUCUUUUUUUUUUCAGUGAAAUAUCAAGUUCAAUAUGGUGCCAAUCAAUAUCGUAAUAUGAUUGAAGAUGAAGAUUCAUUUCAGGUUGUUGAUCAGACUAAAAAUCAACGUACACAACGUAGUAAAAUUCGUAUGGGACAGAAUCUACGUGGUCGUAAUCAACGAAACAAUCAUAAUGCAUUUCGUCGUAAUAAUCGUCAAAAUACACGUGGCAAAUAUGGUAAUAAAUCGAAUAAAAAAUAUGAUAAUAAAGGACAGAAUUCAAAAAAACGUGAAUCAUCUGUUAAUGUACGACCGGAAUGGAAAAUUUUGGAAGAAAUGGAUUUUCCACGUUUAUCCAAAUUAUCGUUGCCGAAUAUUGGCGAUGGACAUGAUAUUUAUACAGCCGGUUCAAUGGAAUAUUAUGAUAAAACAUAUGAUCGUAUAAAUUCAAAAAUGGAAAAACCAUUACAACGUAUUAAUCGUAUAUUUCAUAAAGUAACAACAACUGAUGAUCCAAUCAUUCGGAAAUUAUCAAAAAUUGAAGGAAAUGUUUAUGCUACAGAUGCAAUUAUUGCAACAUUAAUGUGUGCAACAAGAUCAGUAAAUUCAUGGGAUAUUAUUGUACAACGUUUUAAAGAUAAAUUAUUUUUCGAUAAACGUGAUGAUUCUGAUUUUGAUCUAUUAUCAGUGAAUGAAAGUGCAGCCGAACCACCAUAUAAUGAUGAUCCAAAUAGCAUUAAUAAUCCAAGAAAUUUAGCAUUGGAAGCAACAUUUAUUAAUCAUAAUUUUUCACAACAAGUUUUGAAAAAAAAUGGUGAAAAAUAUAAUUUUGAAAAUCCAAAUCCAUUUGUUGGUGAUGAUGAAAAUGUUGAAGUUGCAUCGGUUGGUUAUCGUUAUCGUAAAUGGAAUCUUGGUGAUGGUGUUAAUCUGGUUGUACGUUGUGAACAUGAUGCCGUUACAUAUGGUUCGAAUGAUGAACAACAAUUAAUGAAUAUUAAAGCAUUGAAUGAAUGGGAUUCAAGAAUUCCCGGAGCUAUUGAUUGGCGACGGAAACUUGAUGUACAACGUGGUGCUGUAUUGGCAAAUGAAUUGAAAAAUAAUGCCUGUAAAUUGGCUAAAUGGACUGUACAAUCAUUGUUGGCCGGUUCACAUCAGAUAAAAUUUGGUUAUGUUUCACGUGUGAAUUUUCGUGAUUCAACAAAACAUUCGAUUCUUGGUACACAACAAUUUCGACCACGUGAAUUUGCCGAUCAAAUUAAUCUGAAUCUGGAUAAUGCAUGGGGUAUUUUACGUUGUAUUAUUGAUCAAUGUUUAAAAUUGGAUGAAGGAAAAUAUCUUAUACUAAAAGAUCCAAACAAACCAAAUUUGAUUAUUUAUUCAAUACCACCGGAAACAUUUGAAACCGAUGAAGAUGAUGACGACGACGAUGAUGAUGAUGAUGAUGGUGAUGAUGAUAAAUCGAAUGAUGUUAGUGAAUCACCAAUGGUUCCAACAACAGUGGCUAAUGAUAAAAAGUAAAUUCAUCUUUAAAAUGAAUCAAUCAAUCAAAUUUAUUCUUCGGUUAUUCUCUUAAAUCAUAUUACAAAUUUUUUAAGAAUUUUUUCAUACCCCCUCUCAAAAAAAUAGCAUUCA